AUGUUCGAAUAAGACUAUGAGGACCAAGGAUUUGUUGAUUAACAACAUCAAAGGGAUGAGUACGAAGAAAGUUAUCAGUAUCUCGGAAUAGAUUAAUAUUGUCCCCACACCGAGAUACCUAAGUUGAACACGAAAGUGCAGGUAGACAGAUACAAUACGUUGAUGGAAAAGGAUGCGGACACCAAGAACAUUCCUAAAACAUUUGGAAACAAUUUCAAGAAGUUUAUGGAUAAUCAACAAGAACAAAGAAAAGAACAUUUCGAGAAGAACCCUCUGCCUAAAGAGAUGCAUAAUUUUCUGAAUAAGAAAAAGACUGGCAAAUAAGCAGAUUAUACGAUCCAAGAUUUCAGAGAACUUUUUCAUAAUAAACAAUCAAAUGCUUGGUUUUAAUUUUACAUUGAGAACUUCUCCUUUUUGGAUCUGGUCAACUCCAAUAGGAUAGAUGAUCCAGAGAAAUAUAUCAAGUUUAUUGAACAAUAUUUAGCAGGUGCUAGAGAUCCCCCCAAUUUCAUUUCCAGUCGUCCAAUCAAAAAUAACAAAUAGGAAAAGAAGAAGUAGAAAAGAGAGGAGAGAAUUGAAGUUCAAUCGAUGCAGUAGUAAUAUCAUUUGCCUCAGAUUAUUGAGGAGGAGCAAGAUUAAGUGUAACAUCAAAAUCAAAAUGAUUAUGAAGAGUCUCACUAAAUACUCAUCACCUAUGGCAGAGAGGGAGUUUAGAACCAAUAUUAGGAUUGAAAACAUAUUAUUAAAAAUAUUUAGUGAUAUUA